UAAAGAACAGAGAGAGGUUUAGUGAACGAAUUUAUACUCAGAACCUCAACGACCCAACCGAAUAAUCCACACUUUAUUAGAGCAAAAGCCGAAAGUCAUAAGCCCAAAAGCAACAGCCAUCCGGGUUUUCUUCAAAACUUCAAGCAGUUCAACAGCAACUGAGAUAUGCCCUUCUUCUUUUGCAGCUCAGAUCUAUUUCGGUGAGUGCUGCUUCUGAGUUUGUGACAAUGUCCAGACCAUGGGUGUUGGUUUGUCUGCUCCUGUUAAUUGUGUUUACGUCACAGUUCGAAUGGAAGCAAUAUGGGAAUGAUGAUCCAAGUCCAAGUACCUCCAAGAAACAGAAGUCUAUAUCUGAAAGGGAAGAAACUGUGAAAGAAAAAAUUAUCCUUUCCCAAGAGAAAAGUAUACAGAAACUUAAUGAGCUUGUGCGGAGUCUUCGAGAACAAUUGCUACAAUGUAGAGGUGAAAAUGAGAUUGUCAAUGGCAUUUCAGCCCCUUUGACUGAACUUCUUUCUGAGCUUGAAAGGCAUCCACUUUUGGAGGAUUAGUCAUGGAUUAUACAUGUUAAACAUCAAUAUGUUUGUAUCUGUAGGUAGGAAAAUCCAAAUUCUUUUUUAUUGCUUAGCUUCAUGUGAAAUUACAUCCGUUUAGUUGCAAAGUGCAAUAUCAAAACUGUUAUCUUCUGCCA